GAGAGAGAGAGAGAGAGAGAGAGAGAGAGAGAGACUGCACCUGUGACAGAACACCUGAGUGUCAACAUAAGGAGGACUGAGAAACUGAGUGAAUGUGAAAAGAGAACAGGAACAGGAAGAGAAAGAGAGAAUAAUAAAGUAUACGAAAUUAAUGCAGAACCUCUAACUAGGAGAGCACUAAGAUAUGGUUGGACAUUUUCACAUCUGAAAUCCACUCCCUCUCCAGGACAGAGACCAAUUCUCCAUCAACAAGGUCAAUCCCCCCUCCAGUCUCUGUUUGUGCCAUGGCUGACCCUAGCUGGUGGAAGCUGACCUUUUCACCUACGAAGUCUGAGGCAAAGGUUCCGUACGAGAUCCCUCAAGAGUAUGGUAAUAAUGAUAAGGAACAUCACAACAGCCCUCAGCUCCCCACAGACCCAAUGGACAACCAAUUCAGUGCCAGACUGGAGAAGAUAGUGGAUAAGUCGGCCACUAAAGGUCGCCAUGUUAAGGUGUCCCACUCUGGUCGCUUCAAGGAGAAGAAGAAGAUCCGUGCCACACUGGCUGAGAACCCCAUGCUGUUCUCUGAACACAGUCUCAGGGAUGAGAACCACAGGGCAGAGAAAUAGCACAUAACCAGGUGCAUGCUUUUUAGGCUCUUUUUUUAGUCAUGCAUUACAGACAGCCACACCAUUCACGACACCAACACAUCCAUAAUCUUAUUGGUACAAAACAUAUAUACACUCCCAAGAUGGGCUCCACACCUAAGUACACAGAUAAUACUGUAACCAGCUGAAUUAUCAUGCACAUCCACAACACUGUUCAAGGUUCAUUGAUGCAAACAUAUUAGAAUGGAUGGUAUUUUUCACCAGCUCAUUCCUGAGCUCACUGCACUUGGACAACACUAAAAAUGUCCAAGAAUAUGGCAAUAUGUUGCCUGUGUCUUUACAAGGACUCAUGACCAGUGACCUGGAGGGAAUUUUUCACUGUAGUAUAAGAUAAAUAAAUUAUGGAAAAUGUUUAGCUGCAAAAAUUCAUCUGUUAUAAAUGUUAGUUCCACAUAUUUUGUAUAUUUAAUGACCUGUAAUGAUAUGAAGUAGUCUAGUUUACGACAUGGUGAUGUAAGAAUGUGUAAACUGGGCCCUCCAUCAGGGAUUUAUCAUCCAGUUUGUCACUUCAUCGGAGUCCAGUUGGUGGCGAGGCUUGGGCAAAUGGAGUCAGAAAGGAGAUGUGAGGGAUACAUGGUAUUGAAGUGAUCACAGAAAAGGGCAUGUCUAUCCAUAAGAACAAGUCAGAGUAUAAUGUGAUCCAGUGAUUAUUUUAUUUAUAUACAGUUCUGUUUCAUCUGACACGCUAAAAAGAUCUGCAUGAAAUAAAGUUGAUUGAAAAACAUCAAAAUGUCAGUCAAGGUGUAUGGCAACAUACUUAGUGGUAGGUCAAAUGUAGCUUUUUUUUAUUUUCCCCAAUUUUGUGGUAUCCAAUUGUUUUUAGUAGCUAUCUUGUCUCGUCGCUACAACUCCCGUACGGGCUCGGGAGAUACGAAGGUUGAAAGUCAUGCGUCCUCCGAUACACAACCCAACCAAGCCGCACUGCUUCUUAACACAGCACACAUCCAACCCGGAAGCCAGCCGCACCAAUGUGUCGGAGGAAACACCGUGCAACUGGCAACCUUGGUUAGCGCGCACUGCACCCGGCCCGCCACAGGAGUCGCUGGUGCGCGAUGAGACAAGGAUAUCCCUACCGGCCAACCCCUCCCUAACCCGGGUGACGCUAGGCCAAUUGUGCGUCGCCCCACGGACCUCCCGGUCGCGGCCGGUUACGACAGAGCCUGUGCGCGAAACCAGAGUCUCUGAUGGCACAGCUGGCGCUGCAGUACAGCGCCCUUAACCACUAACACCGACAUCUUU